AUGGCCCUUGAGAGGGCCAGGGAGAGGCAGGAGAGAGAUGCGAGGGAGGCCGAGAGACAGGAGAGGGAGAGGGAAAGGCAGGAAAAGGAGGCUGAGAGACAGGAGAGGGAGAGGGAGAGGCAGGAGAGGGAGAGGGACAGGCAAGAGAUGGCCCUUGAGAGGGCCAGGAGAGAGAUACGAGGGAGGCCGAGAGACAGGAGAGGAAGAGGGAAAGGCAGGAGAGGGAGGCUGAGACACAGAAGAGGGAGAGGGAGAGAGAUGAUAGGGAAAGGGACAGGAUCUUCCGUCGAUGCGAGAAUCAAAGCCCAUGGUCCUGUACCCCUAACAAUCGGGGAGAGGCAGGACAGAGAUGUGAGGGAGGUCGAGAGGGAGGCAGAGAGGGAGGAGUGGGAGAAGGAAAGGCAUGAGAUGGAGGCUGAAAGACAGGAGAGGGAGAGGGAGAGGUAUGAGAGGGAGAGGGAGAGAGAUGAGAGGGACAGGCAUGAGAUGGCCCUUGAGAGGGCAAGGGAGAGGCAGGAGAUGGCCCUUGAGAGGGCCAGGGAGACGCAUGAGAGAGAUGCGAGGGAGGCCGAGAGGGAGGCCAAGAGACAGGAGAGGGAGAGGGAAAGGCAUGAGAGGGAGGCUAAGAGACGGGAGAGGGAGAGGGAGAGAGAUGAGAGGGAGAGGGACAGGCAGGAGAUGGCCCUUGAGAGGGCAAGGGACAGGCAGGAGAGAGAAACGAGGGAGGCCGAGAGACAAGAGAGGGAGAGGGAAAGGCAGGAGAGGGAGACCGACGAGAGGCAGGAGAGAGAUGUGAGGGAGGCCGAGAGGGAGGCCGAGAGACAGGAGAGGGAGAGGGAAAGGCAGGAGAGGGAGGCUGAGAUACAUGAGAGGGAGAGAGAGAGGCAAGAGAAGGAGAGGGUGAGAGAUGAGAGGGAGAGGGACAGGCAAGAGAAAGCCCUUGAGAGGGCCAGGGAAAGGCAGGAGAGAGAUACGAGGGAGGCCGAGAAGGAGACCGAGAGACACGAGAGGGACAGGGAAUGGCAGGAGAGGGAGGCUGAGAGACAGGAGAGGGAGAGGCAGGAGAGGGAGAGGGAGAGGGAGAGAGAUGAGAUGGAGAGGGAGAGGGACAUGCAGGAGAUGGCCCUUGAGAGGGCAAGGGAGAGACAAGAGAGAGAUGCGAGGGAGAGAAAGGAGAGGGAGAGGCAGGAGAGAGAUGCGAGGGAGGCUGAGAGGGAGGCCAGGAGAAAGGAGAGGGAGAAGGAAAGACAGGAGAGGGAGACUGAGAGGCAGGAGAGGGAGUGGGACAAACAGGAGAUGACCCUUAAGAGGGCCAGAGAGAGGCAGGAGAGGCAGGAGAGAGAUGCUAGGGAGGCCGAGAGGGAGGAGAGGGAGAGGGAAAGGCAGGAGAGAGAGGCUGAGAGACAUGAGAGGGAGAGGAAGAGAGAUGAGAGGGAGAGGGACAUGCAGGAGAUGGCCCUUGAGAGGGCCAGGGAGAGUCAGGAGAGAGAUGCGAGGGAGGCCAAGAGACAUGAGAGGGAGAGGGAAAGGCAGUUGAAGGAGGCUGAGAGACAGGAGAGGGAGAGGGGGGGGUAG